GUUAAAUGAUUGCACUGUCCAGUUCAUCAGGAGCAGUAACUGACCUGAUAAAGUGGCGUGGAGAAAAUUAAUGCGAGAUUAAAACGUCCAAAAGGCAAGGGGAAAGAUGAACCACAAACUAGACAAAUGAAAACGGCACUGAAUAGAUGAUGAUGGAUGAGGAACAGCUGGAAAACACACAACAGAUUGCUUCACGUCUCAGAAGGAGCGCGUGUUCCAGAAAUGAAUGCAAUGGAUGCCCCAACACCCACAGACAAGAAGGGACCCCCCAGGUUCAAGCAGAGGACAAUACGGACUUUCAAGAGCAAAGCACCAAGGCCAGGACAGAAGGGUUUCGGAGAUGACAUCCCUGGAAUGGAGGGUCUCGGCACAGAUUUCACGGUGAUUUGUCCGUGGGAAGCUUACGGCGACAUGGAACUAAGUGAUCUGGCGAAAUAUGGAAUUUUGUAGUUUUCGGUUUUGUAGGACCCGUCUCCUUUAGCAUGUUCUCAUUGUGAAGUACUUCACAUGGUGUCGUAUUUCAAUUCAGUCACCUGGAAAGUAAAAAUACAUAAAAAAAAAAAAAAAGUGACAUCCUCCUGCCCACACACACACACUUACCACCAGUGAAUAGAUCUCGAAGCAUCACUUCAUUCCUUCGAGGCUAUUUGAGGAAUUCAUACAUCCAAAAAGAUGGCAGACUUCAAUGGAUUUCCGGACCAUACGCUGAAGGAAGCAAGGAGGCAUCAUUUUGAGCUCAGCACCCGAUACCGUACAGCCUAAAUUUGCAUUCCGGAACAUGAUUGGUUCUUCUAUUUUAUUUUAUGACGCAAUUACACUGUUACUCAUAAUAGGCUACUGUUUUUUGUCCCCCAAUGAGUUAAAAUUCAGUUCUGAACUUCUUGAAUGUCAGGGCUUAAUUGCAUUGAUUUAUUUUUCCAUGACAAAAACUAAUCAGCAAUUCAUCCUUCUGCUCAGUAUGUGCUGAAA